AAGAUUUCUGAUUUUUGCUUCUCUGUGUGUUUAUAAUUCAAAGAUUUACCGAAUCUGCUUUUUAAUCGACUGUCUGGCCGUUUCAAAUGAGAUGUGAACGGGUUUUGUUGUAUCCAUGGCGACAGUUCGCUGCCGAAUUCAUAGCGCGACGGGCAAUAGAGAGAUAGAGAGGCGAAGGCAGAGGUUUGGGGGAGAGGGCACCCGAAAAAUCCUCCCCUUACAGGGGAUUGGUGACAAACGGCGAACACGAGACACGAAAACACAGUUAAUAUCUUCGUAGUGAUGCCCUGUCGAGUUAUUAUCACCUUCUGUGUAAUGAGGGAGUGUGUUUUCAGCCCGUGUGGUGUCAGAAUUGUUUUCGGCGUUCACAGAUAACCCUCUUGUUGCUUUGACCAUUCGUGCUAUGCUAGUCGUUCCAGGCGUGUGUUGUUGACGCCAGCUGGCUAUAAAGGGAACGACUGCGUGAUGGAGAAGGGCCAUACAGUGAAGCUCUUUGUGGGGAACCUGGCCCUGGACACCACGCAAGAAGAACUUUCUGCAAUCUUUGAGGCCUAUGGCCAGGUGGUGAGUUGCAGCGUCCUCAGGCAGUUCGCCUUCGUUCACUUGCAGGGAGAGGGUGCUGCUGAGCGGGCAAUACGCGAGCUCAAUGGCCGCGAAUUUAAAGGUCGAAACCUGGUAGUGGAGGAGUCCCGGGGACGCCCACUUCACUCCACUAAAGUGUUUGUGGGUAAUUUGAGUGGCAUGUGCACCACAGAAGACCUCAAGGAACUCUUUCAGACCUUUGGGAAAGUCUUGGAAUGUGACAAGGUUAAAGGCUAUGCCUUUGUGCACAUGGAGAACAAGGAAGACGCACUGCAGGCCAUCGAAGCUUUGCAUGGCACUUCCUUCAAGGGACGUCCACUCUCUGUGGAGCUUUCUAAGGUUCAGCCCAGCAAGCAAACCCCCACUGGAAAGAUCCCUUGCGUGAGCUGUGGAAAGCAGGGUCAUUAUGCUGGAGAGUGCCCGAGUGGGAAACCUGCCCUGGAGCAGUAUCAGAGUCAAGCAGCUGUUUUAGCCGCUGCUGCUGCCGCCGCCGCUGGACUUCCAUUACAGGUACAACAGAGUGUUCACAACUCAGUCUACAAUACCUCCACCUUUGACCCCACCUACGCUGCUCUGACUGGACUGACUGCUGCUGGAGCGAGGGCAGAAGGUGGAACUGCAGUGGCCCCUGCGGUCUACGGAGCGCUAGCUAGCCAAGUUUACGGAACGGUCGCUAACCAGCUUUACGGGGGCACGGUGGCUAAUCAAGCACUCAACACCGGUGCCAGUGCGGCUGCACAAGUUUACGGCUCUGUUAACCCUGCCCUCUAUGGCCAAGUGGCAAAUGGAGCAGUAGCAGCUGCUGCAGCCGCAAGUGCCGCCUAUGGGCCGCAGGUUUACACGCCUGCAGUCGCUAACCCUGUGUUCUUAGCUGCGGCGCCAAGCAUGGAGGUUCCUGCAGCUGCAGCCGCCGCUGUUAACCCAGCCUACACAGUAGCUCCGGCCAUCUACACGGCCAGCCCGGCCUACAGUGCCCUGGGAGCAGCUGACCCAGCAGCCAUUUUUGAAGCAGCAAGGGCACAUUACUUCGCGCAGGGGCAACAAGUGCUAGCAGAGCAGCAGCAGGCUAGCGCAAAGUCUGGAGAGAGGGACAGGAGCCCUCUCAGAAGAUCUGCACCCCUACUGCCUGACCCAGUUAUGAAGCCCUUCAUGUACCAAAGGGCUAAGCGCAGGGCGCUACUGCCUACUCCUGCAGGCCGGGAAGAAGCUGCGAGCCAGGAGGAGGAUUCUGUCGCCAGAUACUAUGCAGAGUACUACCAGCAGUACCAGCAGCUUGCUCAGUACCCUCAGUACCCAGCAGUCCCUUACCCGGCCCCUAACCCCAUCGCCGCGGUACCUGCCAUUUCUGCCCUCCCCGGUGUUCCCGCCUCUUCGGUGGCCGCGCUGGACGCCCUCAGGCCAGUGCUGCCCGCCGCCCCCGUGCCUGCCGCUGCCGCCAUCGCCGUGGCGACGCCCCGCGUGUAUGAGCCUCCGCCGAUUCCGCCGUCGCGCAAGGAGCCCCUCCUCCGCCGCUCCGAACUCGCCCUGCACCCCCCUGAAACGCCCUUCCGAUAGUCUGCUCUUACUUCCCCCGCUGUGCCCCCACCUCGCGCCAUGUCUGUGACACUGUGUGUGUGUGUGUGUGUGUGUGUGUGUGUGUGUGUGUGUGUGUGUGUGUGUAUGUAGGUGUGGGUGUGUGUGUGUCUGUCUGUCUCUGUGUGAGUGGUUUGUGUUUAUGGGGGAGAUAGAGGUGUAUGUAUGUAAAUGUGCAUUUAUGUGCAGGUUCUAAGAGGGUGGGCGCCUUUGAUCAUUUUAUUUUA